AUGGACUUCUCCCAGUACACGGGUCCAAGCAAGGAAUGGAUUGCACUGGCGGCUACACUCCCAGCGGAACCUGAAGGUCUAUCUACAGCUCAAUUAAAGCAUGCCAUAAAUAAGGGGCGGGAUGAAGUGGCGGCUAAAGCCAUGGUUGAGGAAGGUUUAAAACCUAAAGUAGCCAUCCGAAACCACACAAUCCUAACUCGCGACGGCUCGUCGAUCGAAGCGCGGAGUUUCCGUCCCUCCUCCAUCCCAGCCUCUCAGCCGUUACCGGUCUACAUCCAUCUCCACGGGGGAGGCUUUCUCUGGGGCACUCCGGAUUCAGAGGAUGCGAACUGCUCUCGCACCGUCGUAUCCCUCGCAGAAUCCGGCCUUCCCGUUGUAGUCGUGAAUGUCAAUUACCGUCAUACCCCCGAACACAAGUACCCCACUGCCUGGAACGACGCAGAAGACGCAUUCCACUGGAUCCACGAGCACCUCAACGAAAUCGGUGGAGAAGCGGACAAGGUCGUCAUGGGCGGGAUAUCGGCAGGAGCAUGGCUAACGGGAUCCCUAGUCCUCGCUCAAACCUCCGGCGCAGAUAAGCGGCUAGCCAGCAGACCAAGGCUUCGGGGCCAGGUGCUGAUGAUACCCUGCUUCGUGCAUUCGGAUUUUCACGAGCUGCAGGUUAAGCAACUUAGAGACCCCAGUGUGUCGAGCUAUGUGCAGGGUGCGGAUGCGCCCAUACUACCGCUUACUAGGCUGAAUUUCUUCACCGGUUUAUUGGGUGUGGAGGAUGCGAAGGUGGGGGAUAGACGGUUGAGUCCUGGGCUGGCGGCGGCGGAGGAGGUGAAAGGAAUGCCUCCCAGCACCUUUGGGAUUGCGGGCUAUGAUCCGUUGAGGGAUGAGGGACUUUUCUACGGGAAGUUCUUGGCUGAGAAUGGAGUCCCGACGAAAGUAAACGUCUUCAGGGGGCUUCCGCAUGGAUUCAGGAGGUUUAGCCAGGAUCAACUCCCUGCGGGCAAGCGCUGGGACGAGGUCAUUUGCGAAGGCAUUCAGUUUGCACUGAGUGAUCCCGUAGCUACCGGAAAGUUUGAAAUCAUAUCCGAUUAA